AUGUUCAAUGUUCGAAUUUGCGUGAAUGAUACGACGUGGAAAAAUGUUGAAGCAACUGCGAAUUCAAUGGUUCGUGAAUUAGACACAAAUGCCAUGGUUAUCUGGGAUAAAAGUCAGAAAAUUUAUGACAUUUUUGAUCGGACAAAACCAUUCGGACCACAAUCACAAAUAAAAGAAUUAGGAAUUACUCAAGCAUGCUCGCUUUAUGUGUAUACACCAGAUUAUCCAGUGAGUUUAUUUUUUUUUCGAAAAAAAUUUAUAGAAAAAUUGAAAUUUCAGUCACAAGAUCCAUCUUCGAUAGUCCCCAUUGAUAUUUUAAAAAUCCGCAAAUUUGUGUUGGGCGCCUCAAAAGUGUUCAACGAAUCGAAGAAAAGCACACCAAAUGCAGCAACUUCUUCUCAAGGUCUACUUACACAAAAACAACAACUCGAGAAUAUUCUGAAAAACCUGAAGCCAUCAGAUUUGGUCUCACAAAAAUUGACAAACUCAGCAAGAGCUAUUUAUACAAAUGUAAGGAUAAUCUUAAUUUUCUUUUUAAAAAUCAUUCAAAAAUAAUUUUUUUAGCUACAAAACGGGCAAGGACACAUUUACAUGUUAGAUGUUCCAGAAUUAGUUGAAAUGUUUGAGAAAAAUCCAAAAAUGAGUUUCGGUAAGAGAAAACUUUCUGAGAAAGCAAUAUGAAAAACAUUUUUUCAGAGGAAUUUUUCAAAAAGUUCGAAGAAUUCCAAAAGGAAAUGCUUCGCAAAGAAAUGUUGAUGUCUGAUCCAAAUUCUGAAGAAGGACAAAAAUUGAUUCAACAAAAAAUCGAUAGACAAAGAAUUGAUAAUUUAUACAGUCAAUCUCUUGAUUAUCAUCCAGAAGAUCAAAUUCCAGUCACAAUGUUAUAUAUUAAUUUGACGAUUAAUAAUGUGGCAGUUAAAGCCUUCAUUGAUUCAGGUACUUAUAUUUUUCACUUGAUUCGAAUUCAAACAUUUUUCCUGUUUUUUUCUAGGUGCUCAAGUAUCGAUAAUGUCUUUGGCUUGUGCUCAAAGAUGUAAUUUGACUGGAUUAAUUGAUAAAAGAUUUCAAGGAAAAGCCAAAGGUGUUGGAGGAUUCGAAAAAUUCGAAGGAAAAAUUCAUCUGUGUGAUGUGAAAGUGGAAAAUGCUCAUUUCCUUUGUCCCUUUAAUAUUAUGGCAAAUCGCGAGAUGGAUUUAUUGAUUGGUUUGAACACACUUCGAAAACAUAAUUGCUCGAUUAAUUUGGCGAAAAAUCGCUUGGAAUUUCCCGAUGGAACAUCGACUCCAUUUUUGCAAUCGAAUGAGAUUGAAAAACAUUUGACUGCUAUUGAUGCGCUUACAAAUUAUGAAGAAGAUGGUAGGGUUUUUGGGGGAGAAAUGAGAAUUUUCCAGAAAAUUCGAAUUAAAAUACCAACAAGUUUCUGUUAAAAUUUUUUAAAAAAGUUUCUGACACAAGCCAGAUUUUCCCCAGAUCCCUUUUUAUUCCGAGUAGUUUUGAAAAAAAACUUUGAGAAGUUUUUACGUCAACGGGUUUUGUAGCUACAUUUUAGUUCGUAAUUAAUUAACUACAAAUUUUUGUUAUAUUAAAAAAACAGUUCUGAACUUGAAAACAUUUUGUUGAAAAACCAAAAUUUUCCAAAUGGUUUAGAAAAUUCAAAGGAAAAAAAUCAAGUCGAAAUGUUUCCAAAACUCACUUCAAUUUUCCAGAAUAAUCCUCAUUUUUUCAAAUAAGAAAUGCUCAAUUUUUUUUUAUUAUAACAUUUUUUACCGAAAAAUUUCAAAAGUCCACGUUUCUAUUCAUUUUGAAAAGUUUCAAUUUUUCUAGACAAGAACAUUGAACUUUUGAAAAUUCAAAAAACAUUUUUGAAUGACCCUAUUAUUUUUUCCAACUAAUUUUUCCAUUCUCCAUGUCUGCUCAGAUGUAGUUUGACCAAAAAUUAAUUUCCGGCCAGCAGAAUUUACAAGAUAAAAUCUUGAGAUUAUUUAUGAGAAUGUAUUCCCCCAGUUUCUCCUGAAACCAAAAGUUUAAAAGCUUUGUUCGUUUUUGUUGUCAAGUUUGAACCUGAGUUAGAGCAACUGUCAAUUCUUUCUGAAAAUCUCUGGCCACCCAUAUUUUUUGAAUGAACUUAUCAAUCAUUCAUGCAUUUCUUAAGUGCUGAAACAUGUCAAAAAGUCAUUUUUCUUUUGAUUUCUGGUCGCAGUUUCCAUUGCCGCCUGUGAUUUAAAAAAUCUGGUUUUUGUGUAGGCUUAGGCUUCAGCUUUAAACAAAAUGUUUUUUUAGUCAUGGAUACAGCUGAUGCACCAUCUUCUUCCAAAUAA